AACUGCGACUUUGUGGCUCUUCUGAGUGAGUCCAGUCGCUCUCCCUUGUCUCAUUUCUCUGUUCCCUGGAUUUCUCUCCGUCCGGGCUGUUCACUCCGCCCAAGACUUUUGUCUGAUAUACUCCCCCAUUCAGACAAACAACAACAAAAUAAAUGCACGACCGAGCUUCCUCCCUCUAGCUUCUCGACUUCCAAGUUUGCAAAUCGAUUCAACCUCCGAUUCUCGGUUCAAUCACUCGUUUGGGUACAUCUCGUCUCCCUUUAGAGCCGGACUUCUCAUAACAGCGGCGCCCAAGCUCCCCUGCUGGUGCUGUUAGCGACGAAUAACCCCCCCUGUCGGCUGGUUUUUGGGCCUGGGCUGGGGCUGCGGAAUAUCCUUGUCGUUGAAAUUCAACCUACCCGCCCUGCCAAUCCAAUCCGGCUUCCCCGUCCCUGUACAGAAAGUUAACGCUCCGUGCAGGGUGCUGGCUGUGCUUUCUUUGCGUAUUUGCGAGUUUUUCGUUCUUAAUGUACUCUUGGACCUGGACCUGAGCACAGGCUGAAGCCAUUCAUUUGUUCUUCUCAUCACUUUCGAAGCUGGAACUGGAUGCCGGCUGGGUUGUUUUGUCUGUGUCAAGGCGAAAUUCGGCGUCCUUUCUUUUAACCUAACCGUGGGGUCCAUCUCUCGACACCCAUCAUUUUCCACAGGAAUCAUACCUUUGACCAGCCCACACCGAAUCCGCCUUUUCUCCAAAGACCAACUCUUUCUCGCAUUCGUUCUUCAACACCGAUCGACUUCUUGGUUAGAUAGCUGUGCUUGUGACUGAGGUUCUUGCCAUCAUUUUUUGUGCGGCUUGUUUCGAAACUCUGGAACGACACUCGACCCUCGCUCACGAACCGCCGAAACCUUCACCACCAAAGCAACCGCUUUUUUUGCUUCUGGCCCAGCCUUUGCCAAAUUCCAGUUACGGAUCGAAUACCUUGUUCUAGAACCGACAGCAAUGGCCAAGAGCUAUUGCUACAUUUUAUCAAAUACGAUCUCUUCAUUUUCAGAUAUCUGCGCUGCUACGGUCGGCGCACCUUGCCGGAGGACGCAGUACAGUGACUAACUGAACGCUACCAACUGCAUCACCGACGAAACGACGAACACGACCAAAAAUUCGAUACCCUUGCACACAAAGCGAAACUUCGUUUUGUAAGCAAAUUUAUACCUGCCCGCUGGGCGACCAUAGUUUUUGCCAGCCUCUGGCGCCCAGCAGCAGCAUCUGAUUCCACGACUGCCAAGUGCAUCACACCAUGACUCCCCUCGCUAUUUCUGUACCCGACGCUCCGGGUUCACCACAUGCAACCCGAGGCAAGUUUGCCUUUUAUGGUAAUCGACAACGGGAUAGUGAGAACAGUAGCCUUGCACCAGGUACCUCGACAAGUGAUGCAUCACCUUAUGCCUCGCCUAUGACUUCACCAUCAAUGUCUCCGUUAGCAUCUCCUCGGGUUCAGAUAGUGCCGUUUGGAUCAGCCUACCGACAUACUCGCCAACCCUCUGAUGAGUCUCUGUCACAUUUACCUCCUUUGCCAGUUUCACCAAGAUGGGAUUCAAUGUCAAACCCUUCAAGAUUUAUUCUUGGACAGUCAAUAUCACAACGAGCAGGAUCACCAUUUGACUCUCCGCACUCGCCCUCACCUUUAAGCUACGAUACUGCGGCAAGCACUCCCGUCGAAUCUCGAAACACGUCUCCGACAUUUCUGACAUCCAAAUCGUCACUGGCUGACCUGCGCGCCUACGACAGCCUGCCACCCACCGUGGAGAACUUCUCGCGGCCGCGGAAGCAAAGUAUCCGCCAGCCAAUGACAGACGCGCCUAAGCUACGACCAGUCCACAGUACCCUGGCUACCGCUACCGCUACCGCGACUGCGACCGCUACAUCGCCCUCUACCCCCGGCCUCAAUCCCGCCGACCAGUACCUGGAGCUUGUAUCACCUUCGCAACAUCCCUUAUGGCCUCCUCCUCCACGUCCCCGCGGUCCUUCAGUUUCAUCUUGUCAGUCUUCAUCUACCUACCACUCGGUCCUAUCUCCACCUUCCAACGACUUUUAUGAGCCUCGAGCGCCCCGUGCUCGGACGGCCAAUGGUGCGACAGCUUCCGCCGCACGGCCACCAUUAAGCUACUCCAACCCAGGGUCGGCCUCACCGAGCCCUGUCGUCGCCCCGUGGAUGAGUGGUGAAGAAUUUAGAUCGAGCUUUCGCUCUCAAUUCACAGAAUCUACUGCUCCAGGAACUGCAGUAACUGAGAGAAGUAGCGUCCUUACAAAGGACAGCUCCGUUACAUCAUUAUAUCCGAGCCCUGAAGGCGAAGGGGAGCAAGAAGUCAACCCUGAAAACGACAACGACCCCGAACACGACGAACCGAGCCUUGAGGAUGUUAUGGGCAUGUACGAGCAAGGUUUCGACGACGACGAAGACGACGUGCACUACCCUGAUCAUCACAACAGAAAUUCUCGCCCCGUGACAUCAACCUCAAACAUGGAUCAGCGACACAGCAUCAGAGACGAUGCAGAUGACGAGGAUUUUCCUCAACGCAAGGUUCAAGAGUCCAACUCGACCCUUGACAUGGAGAUUCGGAUGUCCAAGAUGAUCUUCACCCAUCCAGCCUUCACAUCAUCAGUUCCUCAUAUCGCCGAAAACUACGGUCGCGGAAUGAACGAAAAGCGAGAUUCGGCCAAGUCUUUGGACUCUGAGCCUUCUCUCAAUGAACAACCUUCUUCCGCUGUCGAAUCAACUCCCACAAGCGCACCACCUGUCUCCGCGCCCCUCUCACCCGUUGGUGAGCCUUCCGAGCGACCCGAAACCCCUGAAUCUGGACGCAAUAUGGGCUACGCUUCGGAGCCCGCACCUGAACCAACACCGACAGCAGCACCCGCACCCAUUCCUGAGCCUCAGCCUGUACCUGAGCCAGUAUACGCCCCUCCACCACCUGUUGUUGCACCUGAACCUGUCGAGCCCGAGGACCCUGGCGCUCGUGACCGAUACGGCUUCAAGAAGGAGAACCAGUACGUGACGCGGCAGCAAUAUGAUACCUGGAAUGCUGGAUACACCGAGUACCUGGCACGCCGUCGGAAGAAGUGGAAUGCCUACCUCAAGGAUAAUGCUCUCAUGACAGAUCACCCCAACCGAUUCCCUGCUCCCAACGCAAAGACAAAACGCUUUGUUCGCAAGGGCAUUCCUCCGGAAUGGCGCGGUGCAGCUUGGUUCUACUACGCUGGUGGUCCCGCCAUUCUGGCAAAGCACUCGGGUCUCUACGAUAAGCUAACAACUAAGCGAGCUAAGGACGUUGAUGCUGAAGCUAUCGAGCGAGAUUUGCAUCGGACAUUCCCUGACAACAUUAAGUUCAAGCCCCCCGGCGGGAUGGACACGGCAUCGAGCAGCGCUAGAGAAAGCCAAUCAACAAUGUCGGACUCUACUCGGGGCUCUAGCCCAUCGCCUCCCAAUGUGGACGGAGAGACACCAAUCAUCACUUCUCUUCGCCGCGUGCUCCAUGCCUUUGCUGUCUACAACCCUCGGAUCGGAUACUGCCAGAGCUUGAAUUUCCUUGCUGGUCUUCUCCUUCUGUUUGUUGACACUGAGGAGCAGUGCUUUUGGCUUCUCAAUGUCAUUACACGCAUCUACCUCCCCGGUACCCAUGAGAUGAGUCUCGAGGGCUCCAAGAUUGAUCUGGGCGUUCUCAUGACUGAGAUGCGUACCUCCAUGCCUGCCGUCUGGGAUAAGGUCGGUGGCGAGCUUGAGGCUGAUCCCAACUCACGACCCUCGACAAGCAAAUCCAUUCGCCUCACUCGUUCGCGUCGCAAGGAACUCGCACGCAUGUCAACACCAACUGACCGACUUCCACCAAUCACUCUUUGCAUGACGGCUUGGUUUAUGAGUUGCUUCAUUGGAACGCUCCCGAUUGAGACUACUCUCCGCGUGUGGGAUGUCUUCUUCUACGAGGGUUCCAAGACUCUGUUCCGCAUUGCACUAGCCAUCUUCAAGCUGGGUGAGAGCGAGAUUCGGGCUGUAGCCGAUCCUAUGGAAAUGUUUGGUGUCGUGCAAUCAAUGCCUCGCCGGCUGAUCGACGCUAACGCCCUUAUGGAGGCUUGCUUCAAACGACGGAAUGGCUUCGGGCACCUCAGCCAGGUCCAGAUUGACGAAAAGCGUCAGCAACGACGAGCUAAGGCGCAGCUGGAUCGAGUCCGUCAGGGCAAGACGUGGAACGUGGGAUAGUCGGAGUCGGAGAACAGCCACCACUGUCUACCCCGACCCGAAACACCAGGAAAUUAAACGUCUGAGCCGCGUCAACAUUAUCACAUCACCUCAACCCUUCAACACUCCUUCAAUAUCUCCUUUUACUACCUCAUCUUCUUUCUCAUUUCGGUACACCCUGGCUCGCACUGAAACAGGUGCGAGCCACCGAACCUUAUCAUGGAAUGGCGUUUCAAUGGAAGGCAUGGUCUAUUUCUCGAUUUAGCCGGCAUUAUGUCUUCGUUUUUUUCUUUAUUCACUUUCAUACUCAACCUUCCUUUCAAAAUUUCCUUUACUUCUUUUUCAGCUACCCCAAUAUCAGGGGGAGCUCGUUCACAAUGUCUUAAAGCAGCGGGGAGGGAUCAGCGUUGGACGGCUGGAAUGUACAGGAUGGAAUGGAACCUAAAAAAGGAACAUUGUUUUAUACUUGAUGACGAUGGUUUACGGCUGCAUUGCGACAAGACAAAAAAAGCACCACCAACCUCACAGCACUCUUGUAGGGAAGAAAAAGACUUCUUACGGAGGGAGGCAUGGCUAGGAUGCAAAGGACUGGCAAAGCCAGGCGGUGUCUGAUUUUCAUAUAGAUGGGGGGAAAAUUACGUAUGAACUGGGUAGAACCUUAUUGUCGAGGAGUAGAUUUGGGGGAAAACCUUUUUUGAUACCCUAAUGGAAUGAAAGAUAAUUACAUGACUGUUCUCUUUGCCUCCGCGCGAGGUCUAUUGAUGUCCC